AAUCAGAGCACGUGAGGCCAGGUUCCGGUUAUCUUCUCCGCGUCCUGACUGAGCUUGUUUUCUCCCCGCGCUAGUUGAGCAGUAGCUGCUGAGUCUCUCUGAAGAAAUAAACAUGUCAUUGAAGGGGCUGGCGAGAGAGCCUAGCAGGUAGUUACAGCCCUUGAAUGCCACUCUUGAUAUGGAGAAGAUUGAAGAACAAUUUGCUAAUCUGAACAUUGUUAAACGUUCCUCGAACACUGAAGAGCCUACAUAUCUUCUUGGUAUAGGCAUAUCAAAGACCGUACAAGCAGAAAAAGAAAGCUUGAUUGCAGUUUUAUGUUCUAAUGGGUUAAUUAGACUAUAUGAUAAGGAAAGUUUAAAAGUACUACGAGAAUUCAGUGGACAUCCUGGACAUCUUAAUGGAGUAAAAUUUGCUAAUUCUUGUGACCAUGUAUACUCCUCAUGUACUGAUGGCACUGUAAAAUGUUGGGAUGCCCGAUUAGCCAGUGAGAAACCUGUUCAGUUAUUCAAGGGUUACUCUUCCAAUAUUUUUAUCAGUUUUGAUAUCAACUGUAAUGAUCAUGUCAUUUGUGCUGGUACAGAAAAAGUCGAUGAUGAUGCAUUGUUGGUGUUUUGGGAUGCGAGAAUUAAUUCCCAGGAUAUGUCUUCUACUAAAGACCCACUUGGUGUAUAUUCAGAGACGCAUAGUGAUGAUAUCACUCAAGUAUGUUUCCACCCUAGCAAUCCCAAUAUGAUAGUCUCAGGUUCAACUGAUGGAUUGGUAAAUGUAUUUGAUAUUAGUGUUGACAAUGAAGAAGAUGCCUUGAUUACAACUUGUAACUCAGUUUCAUCAGUAAAUUGCAUUGGCUGGGCUGGGAAAGAUUACAAACAGAUUUACUGCAUGACGCAUGAUGAAGGGUUUUAUUGGUGGGAUCUCAAUUAUUUGGAUACUGAUGAGCCUAUUACAUGUUUGAGCAUCCAGGAUGUUAGAAAAGUAAUCAACUUGAAAGAAGAUAUUUUGGACUAUUUGAUUGGUGGUCUAUAUCACGAAAAGAUGGAUAAGUUGUUUCUUGUUGGGGGAACAAACACAGGAAAGAUUCACUUACUGAACUGUACUACAGCAGGAUUGACCCACAUGACCAGUCUUCAGAGAGGACAUACUGCUACUGUUCGUUCUUUCUGCUGGAAUAUGCAGGAUGAUUCUUUGCUAACUGGAGGAGAAGAUGCACAAUUAUUACUUUGGAAACCUGAAACAAGAGAGAAGACUUUUACUAAAAAAGACAGCAUGAAAAUAGCAUCUUCUGUGUACCACCGGGUUCGAGGUCACAGUAAUGAUUCCUAUAAGAGGAAGAAAAGGCAGUGAUGCUAUGUUAGGAGUUUAUUUGUCAGGUUUUAUAGCUACAAAUAAUUAUUUUUGUUAACUAUCUGGGGAAGACAUCUUUAAGGCUAAUAUAUUAAAAAGAAAAAGAACCUCCAGCAUUCUUGGUAAAGUAUUCAGAGUAGUUUAACUCAGGCCAUUCUGUAUUCUAAAAUUAUUUUUCAUAAAGCUGCCAGUUGAAUAUGCAGUUAGUGAGUUGAAAGUAAAAUUACAUUUCUCAUUUUUGAAACCCAUCUGUUGAGUUAGUAAAUGUUGGACUUAAAGAAAUAACUUUGAAAUGGACUUUUAGACUUAGUCACCAACUUAAAAAAAAAAAAGUGUUUUGGUCUGUGUUUUUGUUUGCAUGUGUGUUUGUUGUUGUUUAACCAGAGCACUGCUCAAUUCUGAUUUAUGGCAGUGCCAGAGAUUGAACCUGGGACCUCUGGUGCCUCAAGUAUGAAAGUCUGUUGC